UCCACGAUCCUACUUGUCUUUACGUUUACAUCGUGUAUUGGAUCACAGUGAAUGGAUCAACCUAAUAAAUAAAGAAAGGUUAUGUUACGGUUUGUCUUGUUUGUUGUUUUUUGAGGAAUAGUGUAGUUUCAAUUAUAUUAUUUUGAUAUUUUUUCCAACUGCAAAUGGGUUUAAAAAAAUAUGUUUGUCUCUAAUAUUAUUUAUUCUGUACCUACAAGUGUUACCAACCCCUGGUUCAUCCUCAAUCUCAAUCUUAUACAGCAGACGGUCUCGACUAGACACCUCGACAGUAACCAUCCAACAUUCAGUGGUUCGAGUUCAAAGAUGUCACUAUGACUGACCUAGAAAAAGAAGUGAUAGGGGAGCUAAUUGAAGAGCUGAAAGUUCACAGAUGUUUGUGGGACAGCAAAUGUGAGGCCUAUGCUAAUAGGGAUUCGCGGAGGGUAGCUUUGGGUGUGCUUUUAAACAUAUUUAAAAAGAUUCAGCCUGACGCUACCAUUGACGCAAUGAAAAAGAAGAUAGAAAAUCUGAAGUGCAGCUUUAGACGGGAGUUGAGAAAGGUAAAAGCCAGUGAAACAACUGGAGCUAGUAGCUGCCAAGUAUAUACUCCAAAGCUAUGGUUCUAUGAUCUCCUUUUAUUUUUGGAAGAGAAGGAGAUGACCAGAGAAGGAGUAGAUACUCUAGAAGAAGACUCGCAAAUGGAUGUUGUGGAAGCAGUUGGCGGCGGCUGUUGUCAAGGAAGUUGUGAAGUGGAGGUGCAGGAAUGGAGCGACCAACAGCAGCACGCAGCUCCUUCUUCCACUGCAAGUCCACCUGGGACUCCCAUUCCACGAAAAAGAAAAAUUAGUACAUUGGACAAAAAAAAGGAAGCCAUGUUUGACUCUGUGCAAAAUUUACUAUCUUUGAGCAAGUCUGAGUGGGUGUUGAUAGGUAAAUCGCUUGGUUUGCAACUCAGCCAACUGAAUAAUGACCAGCAAACCAUUGCUCAAAAAUUAAUAUCAGAUAUUAUUUUCUAUGGAAAGCGCCAGAGACUGACUGACAUGUCAUUUAUUAAUCUAGCCUCAACUUCUUCAACCUGAGGAGGCGCGGCUUGGUGAUAAAAAUUGUUGAUCUUAUGGAGAUUUCCUUAUCACACCGUUCCACGCCAUGCCCGAUUUAGUGUGAGUAAGUUCUUCCAUUCAAACCAAUAAGCAAGAAGCACCUGGAUGCAAAAUUCCGCAUCGCGCCUCCUCAGGUGUGUAUCCAGCUAAAGUUUGUCAUGAGAUGCAUUAACUAUUUGACGGUACGAAGUUCGCCGAGCCAGCUAGUGAUGAAUAAUUCACAGAGAGUUGUUAUUGACUAUACUUCUUAAUUUAUAAAAACAAUAAUAUAAAUCUUGUUUCGAAACUAGUACUAUAGAAAACAUGCAAGACCGCACUUCACAACCGCACUAGUUUCGAAACUAGUACUAUAAAAACUAGUCGUUGAAAUAUUUUAGUUUUUAAUAAUAAAGAGUUAACCUACUACAAUAUUUUUAUAUUGUUUUUAUCAAUUUGUAAAAAAAUAGCCUAUGAAGUGUAAAGUGUAAAGUGUUUUUCUUAAUUUAUAUUUCUGAUUUUUAGGAUAUUAAAUUCUUUGUAUAUUUCUUCUUAGAUUCUUUGAUACUACAUUAAACGCUUAAAAAUA